GUUUGAAUGUGUUUAGAUAUACCAUAGACAAAAAUCUCUCGGUGCGGAAGAGAGAGAGAGAGAGAGUGAGAGAAGGACAAGGAGGAGAAGAAGAAGGAAGAAGAAGAUAGAAUAGCGAUGGAGCAGGAAGAGCACGAAGUCUACGGUGCUGACAUUCCCGAUGAAGAGGUUGACAUGGAUGCCGACAUAGAUGCUGAACAUCAAGAAGGCGAUGAAGAACUCGCAUCCAAUCACACCACCAAGGAAUUGGAGGAUAUGAAGAAGAGGCUGAAAGAGAUCGAGGAAGAAGCUAGCGCCCUUCGCGAAAUGCAAGCUAAGGUUGAGAAAGAGAUGGGCGCUGUUCAAGAUCCUGCUGGGUCUUCUGUGUCUCAAGCUGAAAAGGAGGAAGUGGAUGCUAGAUCUAUCUAUGUCGGUAAUGUUGACUAUGCAUGCACACCUGAAGAAGUCCAACAGCAUUUUCAGUCCUGUGGUACUGUGAACAGAGUCACAAUAUUGACAGACAAAUUUGGUCAACCGAAAGGAUUUGCUUAUGUAGAAUUUGUUGAAGCUGAUGCUGUUCAGAAUGCUCUCAUUUUAAAUGAAACUGAAUUGCAUGGCCGACAGCUGAAGGUGUCUGCAAAACGUACUAAUGUUCCUGGAUUGAAGCAGUACGGAAGAAGACCUGCUGGUUUCCGCGGUAGGAGGCCUUUCAUGCCUGCACCAUUCUUUCCACCAUAUGCUUACGGAAGGGUUCCGAGAUAUAGAAGACCCACCCGAUACCGGCCAUACUAGUUCUUAUUCUCAACUUAAUAGGCGGUUACAUCUUUAUUAUAAAGGACAGAUCACUAUUAGUUUGUGCCAUUAUAAUAAUGUUUAUUUGAUGGAGCAAGAACAUGAAGCUUCUUUUUACACAGGAAGUUAAAUGCCCUUAACUGUUAAGGAUGUACAUGUACUAUAUCGACAAAGUAGGUUGAUCGCCUCAUUUUCCCCGAGUCCUUGAGGUUUACCUGUGCAAUAGCGGAGGCAACUAUGCAGGGAAAAUUCUCAAUAGUUUACUAAGUUUAUCGGUUUGAACUACUAGAUUAAACUAUUCAGUUCAAUGUUGGUUUUGUUGUCUUUUUAUUUUCAGAAAUUUAUAUGAAUUUCGGUGAUCGAAUUGGUUAUGUGCUGUCGGAAUCAAUUUUUAAAGUUAGUUUGAAGUAGGUUUACUGUGGCUUAUAUUAA